CUUGAACCGUACAUAUGCGAAAGAGGCCGAGCUGGAGCGGAGCUGUCCGGAACAUCCGGCUAUAGCUCCUCAACAUAAACAGCAAUGGCGGAGGCAGCAGUAGCGUCUACGGCGGCUUCAGCAGUAACAGGAGGUUGGACCAAACACGUAACCUGCAGAUAUUUCAUGCAUGGUCUUUGCAAAGAAGGAGACAACUGUCGAUAUUCUCAUGAUCUGACCAACAGCAAACCUGCAGCCAUGAUUUGCAAGUUCUUUCAGAAGGGAAACUGUGUGUUCGGGGAUCGUUGCAGGUUUGAACACUGUAAACCGGCAAAGAACGAGGAGCUGCCAACCCCCCAGACGCUGCCACUGCCCUCCGUCUCGCUGGCUGGCCCAUCAGACCCAGAGCCCAGUGGGCCAACACCUGGCCCAGGGGCACAAGACUGGGUCAACGCUGCUGAGUUUGUUCCAGGACAGCCGUACUGUGGACGGGCUGAGCCAGUGAAGGUGGAGAGCUCCAUCCCUCUCAUUGAGGAGUUUGACAGUGACGCAGCACUGGAUAACAAAGAGUUGAGGAAGCAGCUCUGUCCGUACGCUGCUGUUGGAGAGUGCCGCUACGGAAUCAACUGUGCCUAUCUCCACGGCGACGUGUGUGACAUGUGCGGCCUCCAGGUGCUACACCCCACUGACACCACCCAGCGCUCCGAUCACACUAAGGCAUGCAUCGAGGCCCAUGAGAAAGACAUGGAGAUUUCAUUUGCCAUCCAACGCAGCAAGGACAUGAUGUGUGGUGUGUGUAUGGAAGUGGUGUUUGAGAAGGCCAACCCAAGUGAGCGCCGUUUUGGCAUCCUCUCCAACUGCAGCCACUGCUACUGUCUAAAGUGCAUUCGCAAGUGGAGGAGUGCCAAACAGUUUGAGAGCAAAAUCAUCAAGUCUUGCCCAGAGUGUCGAAUCACAUCCAACUUUGUCAUCCCAAGCGAAUACUGGGUGGAAGAUAAGGAUGACAAGCAGAAACUCAUCCAAAAAUACAAGGACGGCAUGGGGAGUAAACCGUGUCGUUACUUUGACGAGGGUCGUGGAACGUGUCCUUUUGGCUCAAAUUGCUUCUACAGGCACGCCUUUCCUGAUGGACGGCUGGAGGAAGUUCAACCCCAGCGAAGACAGGCUGGAUCCAACAGCAGGAACCGGAACUCGAGGCGAACACCACUAUGGGACAUCUUUGAUGAGCGGGAAAGCACUGACUCCUUUGACAACGAGGACGAGGAGAUGGUGACGUUUGAGCUGAGCGAGAUGCUCCUCAUGCUGCUCGCUGCAGGAACUGACGACGAAGUGACAGAUUCAGAGGAUGAGUGGGACUUGUUUCACGAGGAGCUGGACGAUUUCUAUGAGAUUUACCUAUAGCAUCCCCACCCAUUAACCUCCCCACCCCCCAUGUAUACUAGACACUAGAAUGGACUGUCUUGUGUGAGUGAUGGACAGUAGCUUUUUCCCCAUCCCCUGUAUUGUGGCAGUGCCUUUAAGCAGGCCAUUAAUAAAUGAACUUAUAAAAGAUGAAAAAAAAAAAAAAAAAUCCAACAAGUCAGUGCGCUCAUGCUAAACAUUUUCUAGACAUCUAUCCUCGUGAGUCUAUCUUGUGCGGUUCAUGUUAAAAGGUAAAAUAAUAAAAUUACAAAAAUAACUCAAUAUAAGAUUUAACAAAAAUUAUAACUUUCUUCAAAUAUUGCUAAUAAACAUUGUCAAGUUUAUUUGUGGAUGUGGGUUUGACUUGUUUAUCAUCUACCCAGGUGUAAAUACAUACGUCUCAGACUGAGGAUGUGAACUUACUCAGCAGCAUUUACUGUAAUCAUGAUGGACAUGUUGUAAGAUUUUACUGACGGUUUUUGAAAGCCGGAACUUCUUUUUUUUUUUUUUUCUUUAUUAAAGCUGCUGAUGUUCAAUACAUUAUUAUAAUCAUUGUCAUAUUGUACUGAAAAGUAUUUACUGUGGCCCCUAGAAAUCUAUGCUUGCUUUUUUUUUUUUUUCAGGGUUAAAAAGCCUUUCCAUUUCGCGUUUAGAUCAUAAUGGAACACAAGCUGUUCAUCAAAUCCUGAACAAUGAAAUUCUUGUAGGGUUUGUGGCUGUUUAAAGCAGGGUGACCACUAUCCCUGAUCUUUGAUCGCCAUCUUUGUAACUUCAGUCACAAAUUCGUUACAGAAAAAAAUGUUAAAGAUAUGAAUGCACCAGAUGGUAGGCAAACUUCUUGGAGACUUGUAAGGUGGGGAAAAACAAAGUCAGAGAGUGGAAAGUAACAAUGCAGGAUUUGUUUUACAUUCACCGGCUAGAGUGUAUCAACUCAAAUCUUUAAAUUUUGAGCUUGUAAAAUUAUGUUGAGUAAUAAUUUCAAAGCCUGUGGUUGUUUAUGACCUUUUGUUUAGUGUAUAAACAGCAUGAGAAUGUUUAAAUAAAAUAUGUGCACAAAUCAAUGGCCAGGUUACACAAAAAGAAAACAUGACCCUGUUUUUACCUGUCCUUGUGUAACCUCUCUGUUGAUAUCAUCUGUGCAUGAAAUUUAUUUAGACAACUACAAAUCUUUUCUGCUCAUUCAAAAACUUCAACAUCUCAUGCAGAGUUUUUUCACAGUUUUACAAAGGCUGAUCUACAACCAUAAGGUUUAAACCGAAAUUUAUCAAGCACACUAAUUUGAGGCCACAGAGUGCUGCUCAGUGCUGCCUCUGGUGACUGGAAUCUAUAUUACUGCAAUACUACUGAACAAAAUGGUAGUCACCUUUUUUAUUUAUCUCCCAGCCACCAGCGGCAGCACUGCUGUCGGUGAGUGAGGAAGAAUUUCCCAUUCUUCAGUAACAAAGUUUCUGAGCUGCUCAGUGACUGAAGUGUCGGGGUUACGGAGACAGCGAUCUAGGACCCUGAUAAAUUGUAUGACAGGUCCUGGUUCAGGGCUAGGGGUAAACCUGCUAAGGUUGUGCUAAGUCGUCGUCUUUCUCCCUCCACAUCCCCCACCCCCACCCCCCCUCCGAAACACACACACACACACACACCCACCCCUUCCUCUUCUCCCCCCCUUACAUGCACACACACGUAUGCACCUGUUGUAGUCUGGGAAACAUACUGCCUUUGAAUGAAGAAUGAAUUUACUGUGCAGUUAAGGUGAAAUGUUAUGUGUUUAUUUUAAAUCUUUUCCCCUCCACCAUCCUGAAUCUCAGCAUCCAGGAACACCUGUGGUACCAAAAAGCAAGUCCUUCCUCAGAACCAGGUUAAAGAGAGAGAGAGAGAGAGAACACUUGUGAUUACAAACUCUUCAGCAGACUGACGGCGCAGAGAAUCAUGGAGCUGAGACUUUUAAUUUCCCACCCCACCAGUGUAAAGUGUAGAUUCACUGUUCUCCGUUGGCUUCACUGAGUAAUGCAUACUAAGCUUUGCUGCUGAGAUGCUCAUCCACAGACUCCUGAUAGCAUGGUCUCAACCUGUUGAACUCCAUUGGAAUGCAUAUGUUUAUACUGAAAUGUGUGUUUUCUAUGUUCCACAGCCAUCCAUCUUAACUUGAAUUAAAGUUUAUUAUCAAUCUCU